GACCAACCGAGGACUGCUCCCAGCAGCGGAGUAAAAACUGCCAACAGACUGUCUCCUUGUUCCGCUCGUCCUCCGACCGUAUCCUCUGCUCCGCCUGAAUUCGGAUCCUUCGAUUCUCUGCGGAAUUGUGGGGAUUUCACUCCGACGAGAUCAACUGAGGCCCAAAUUCACUCGCUCGGACUCUUCUGCUCGCGGAGAUGGAUCACCAGCAGCCGCAGCGAAGCCUCUCGGGGUCCAGUCAGAGCCCCAGAUCUCCACCUUCGCAGCCCUAUCUCUCUGUCUCCGUCAUCGAUCCCGUGAAGCUCGGAAAUGGCGUUCAGGCCUAUAUUUCUUAUCGCGUCAUCACCAAGACUAACUUACCCGAGUACCAAGGACCAGAGAAGAUUGUCAUUCGUCGAUAUAGCGAUUUUGUGUGGUUGCAUGAUCGUCUUUUCGAGAAGUACAAAGGCAUUUUCAUUCCUCCGUUGCCCGAGAAGAGUGCUGUAGAGAAGUUUCGGUUUAGUGCUGAAUUCAUUGAAAUGAGGCGUCAAGCUUUGGACUUAUUUCUCAAUCGGAUCGCCUCUCAUCAUGAGCUUCGUCAAAGCGAGGAUUUAAGAACUUUCUUGCAAGUUGAUGAAGAGGUAAUGGAGAGGUUGAGGGCCCAUGAGACUGGCAUAUUUAAGAAGCCAGCUGACUUAAUGCAAAUUUUCAAGGAUGUCCAGUCCAAAGUUAGUGAUGUUGUACUUGGCAAGGAAAAACCGGUGGAAGAAUCAAAUCCUGAAUAUGAGAAGCUGAAGCACUACAUCUUUGAGCUCGAAAACCACCUGGCUGAGGCUCAGAAGCAUGCGUACCGUCUUGUGAAACGGCACAGGGAGCUUGGGAAAUCACUUUCUGAUUUUGGGAAGGCCAUUAAACUCCUAGGAGCUUGUGAAGGGGAUGCUCUUGGGAAGGCCUUUUCAGAGCUUGGAGCAAAGUCAGAGCUAGUGUCCGUUAGGUUGCAGAAGGAGGCUCACCAACUCUUGAUGAACUUUGAAGAACCCAUAAAGGACUAUGUGCGUGCCGUCCAAUCUAUCAAGGCGACAAUCGCUGAACGUGCCAAUGCAUUCAGGCAGCAAUGUGAACUGGCUGAAACUAUCAAACUGAAGGAGAUAAAUCUCGAUAAGCUUAUGCUGACUCGUUCUGACAAAGUGAGAGAAGCGGAGAAUGAAUAUAGGGAGCUGAAGGAAGCAAGUGAGGAAGCCACGAGGAGAUUUGAGACCAUGGUAAUACUAAUGAAUGAGGAGAUCGUUCGGUUCCAAGAGCAGAAGACCUUGGACAUGGGAGUUGCUUUCCACGAGUUUGCGAAGGGACAGGCCCGUCUGGCGAAUAACAUUGCGGACGCUUGGAGGAGUCUCCUUCCCAAACUCGAAGCUUGCUCGCUCUCUUGAAAAUAACGGCAAAGAAUAGUCUGAUACCGGUGAAAUUGACUGCAGGUUGUACAGUGAAUUAGGAUGGCCUUCUCUGCCUCUGAUGAGCAUAAAGAUUCUACAGGAUUUUGAGUUUAUGUAUUCUGGUGCUGUCUUGGAUUUUUUACUGUUUCGAUGCUUUUACUUCCUUAUUAUCACAUGUACAAAUACAGGCAACGUAUUUCGGAACAGUUAGUUUGUUUUCACCUUCUCCAAUAGGAUGGAUGAAAGAGAGUUUUGCCAUGUCAA